UGGAGAGAGACCAACGACCGGGGGGGGGGAUCGUCCGACGACAAUCAUAGUAGUUUUCUAGCGCUUGUUAAGGGACUUCUACGCAUUUAACGGGCAAUUGAAAAGGGGGAACUAUCCUAGCGUCGAGAAAGUCUCUCUAUAGCGGUGGAUGGUUGCAGGAAGCGGGCUACAAUCUAGGCAGCUCAAACAAUCAAUAUGGUUUUCUCUGUGUUGGAGACGACUUAUCAGCAUGACAGUCUGAUGUACCUGCUGGACUACUUACUCCCUGCCAAGCAUCUUCUAUACAAACUACAGCAGCAUGCCUGUCCCUUCUGUUGAAGAAGAGAGAGGUCUUACAGUGAUAGUGGACAGCAGACAGUCUCCCCCCUCUACUCUCUGCCUCGCUGCACUGAAACAAUUCCGGACUGUUCCCCUGAGUGUGGAUAAACACAGAGAGCUGAUGACGAGCGUCCUGGUCAACCAACAGCUAACUGAGCUGCAGCUGAAGGGCGGGGCCUGGCUGGCAGGACUGACCACAUCAGGACUGGCAAAGAGAUCCCCGGACUGCAGGGAUGCCUUGGCUGUGACCUCAAACCUCUAUGAUAGUGUGGACAACGCCCUCCACCGCCUCAUCCAGAUGUCCAAUCACAGAGUCAGCGCCCUGGAAGCCCUCGGUCGAUUGGCUGCCAUGGUGGACAAACUGGAAAAGCAAGCUCUAUCUAUUAUGGUGUAGGAUGCUGUGUUCAGGGAGGCAGUACGUGGCCGUGUUAAAGGGUGUGGAGGAGACCUACCUGCCCCUCUUGGAGGGUCCAGACACCCCGUCCUCCCUCCGGGGGAAAGCAGGCCUCCUUUUCCACAACUUGGCCAGCUUCAGCACCUUCCACUCGCAGUACCUCCUCCCAACCAUGGAGGGAGCUCUACUGCAGAGUCUGCUGAAACAGGACCUCUUCAGUAAACAUAGAGAGGAGUUUCUCCAGUACUCUCACUACAUAUAGUGAGGACCAAACCAGAAGUGGACUCCUUGUUGGUCACUUAGGCUAGACUUCUUCAAGCUCAGACUCCCUGCCACCCCUCCUCUCUCCCUCCUGUCCUUCCCCCACUGUCUCCAGGCCCCUACACAGACUGGAACAGUACUGUGAUGUUCUAGAGGAGCUGGGAAGGUUAAACCCCGCCUCUGACUCCUUCCUCUCCGUCCUCAGACACGCCCAGCGCCACGGUGAGGACCUCCGGGCCAGCGACCUCAUCGUCAGGUGUCCGGUCCCGGUGGCGGAGCGUGGAGAUCUGGUGCGUCAGGUGUGUGGGAGGACCAGGAGGAAGAAUACCGGGGUGUGUUCCUCUAUCAACCCCUCAUCAUCUUCACCAAGCAGAAGAGCCCGGGACACACCGCCUACAGCUUCAAUCACAGCAUCAAGUGUCAGAGUGGAGAGGAGAGGGCAGCCUGGACACACGAUAUCGCUCAGCUCCUUUGGACCCACACCAUACACAAUACAGUUCACAGUAGCUGUUCAGACUCCUCCUCUGUUGGCAGUCAGAAGGAGGGGGAAUCCCCAGCAUCUGGGAGGGGACACACACACAGAGCACUAAAGGAGGCUCCCUCUGCCAAGAAUCUGAAGCAUGGCAUAUCAUCACACAUACUACUGAGAAUGGAUUCUCCUCCUGAGUGUGUGUUGGCUCUGUCCUAUGAGCCGCCCCAGUCACCCCCUACACUACCAUCUCUGGACCACAGUCCUCUGGCCUCCCUUCACUCUUGCUCCCAACUCUCCCCUUUACACAGCCUCCUGGACCUGCCUGUCCCCCUCAGUCCCACAGCCCUGUCCCACACCCCGACCUCCGACACCCCGGACACCACCCCCUACUCCCCCCUCUCCCCCUUCCCCCUCAAUCACCACAAUGAGGAAGAGGAGGAUGAAGAGAGGCUGUCAGUCCCUCUGUCCCCCACCCCAGCCAUUGCUCUCUUCCCGGGGGGUCUUCGGGAGGUGUGUAGCCCCUCUCUGGAGAGCUCUCCUCCGGCCACUCCGACAUCGUCAGCCCCUCUCUCAGGGUUCGGGGCCCUGGAGCUGGCUCUGUCCUCCGGGCAGCAGGGUGCCACCUGUAGUGAUGAGCUGGACCUCCAGCUCUUCCAUAAGGACGGGGGGAGUCUGUCAGGAUCAAUUCCUGGGAUGGUGGGUGUUUCUGGGGGUGUGGCCGGGCUCAAGUUCCCCUGCUUGGUGUGUGGGAAGAAGUUCCGCUUUCAGAGUAUCCUGUCGCUCCACGCCCGCGCUCACAGUCUAGACAGGGACCGCCGCACCUCGGCUCUGUACCGGACCGGUACCGCGUCCGGUAGCAUCAUUGGGACGGGGUCCAAGCCACAUCUCAAGACCCACCAGAACCACAAGGAUGUCGGGCAGAACCACUACAGCCAGCUCCAGAGCCCCCCGCUGUCUGGAUCUCUCACCCAGGGCCUUAGAGGGGAGGACAGGGACAGGGAAGCCCUAGAGGAGGCUCUGCAGAUGGAUCACCAGACCCUCCAGCAGUUCCUGAUGGACGACAGCACACAGCUGACCCCUCUGCUGACCGAGGAGGUGCCCCUCUCUGUCUCCCUCACCUCCCCCUACUCCUCCUGCGGCCUGGGUGGUGUGGGUCCCACCAUCUUGGAUAAAGCUACCGCCGUCACAGCAGCAGCGCCCGCGUUCCGCUGCCACGCCUGCAAAGGUAAAUUCCGCACCGCCUCGGAGCUGUCUCGCCACGUCCGGAUCCUCCACAACCCAUACAAGUGCACCCUGUGUCCCUUCUCUGCCAGCCAGGAAGAGCGCCUGUCCGCACACCUCCAGGACUGCCACCCCUCCCUGUCCUCCCUGUCCCUCUCCCCACCUGUGGACCUCCCCACCCUGCCCCCCUACACCCCCAGACACCCCCCUAUUGUAACCACCACUACCAUCAUCGCCACCCCCAUUCCAGACGCCCCCCUGCCCACCCCCACUAUCACCCCAACCACAGCCCCGGGCCCAGGGGCAUCCCCUCUGCCUGCCUUCUGCUGUGAGACAUGCGGCCAGCGCUUUACCCAGUCCUGGUUCCUGAAGGGCCACAUGAGGAAGCACAAGGACUCUCUGGACCAUAAGUGUCAGGUCUGCGGCCGUGGCUUCAAGGAGCCCUGGUUCCUCAAGAACCACAUGAAGGUGCACCUCAACAAGCUGGGCCUGAAGGCCGGUCUGGUGGGGCAGGUGGCCCCUGGCGCCGGGGCUGAACAAGGAGGGCCCAAAGGCUCAGUCACCAACCAGGGCCUCAACGCUCUCUACUCCAGCCUCCUGCUGGCUCGUGGUGGGGGCGGAGGUGGUGGUGGAGGGGGGAGAGGCGGACGAGGAAGGGGCGACCGGGACGGCGCCGGAGUCUCUAGUAAAUCUGCCAUCUUAGGCUACCUGGGGUUGCCUAGCGACGGCGGCGCCAGCUGCAUGGAACGACUCCAGGCAGUGGCUCAGGUUGCAGAGAUGGGGAAUGGUAACGGGGGAGGAGGAAGAGGAGGAGGAGGUAGAGAGACAACAGAUGGAGGAGACCAGAUAGCCAUGUGGCAGUUUGUAGCUCGUAGCCUGGUAGCAGCUCAACAGGCCCAGCAGCAGCAGCAGCACCGAGCCCCAUCCAGGAGCACCGUGGUUGGGGAAUCUGAGCAGGUCAGGGCCUACCUUGGAGGUCUGGAUCCCCGGGAGGAGCCGCCGUCCUCCGGAGCCCCAUGGGAGUGCCCCGACUGUGGGAAGCUGUUCCGGAGCCUGCAGCAGGUGGUGGCGCACGCCCGCGUCCACGUCCAGCGGCCCCAGAAGAGCCACGGUCACCCUCCACGCCACGCCGGGGGAGGAGAGGAGGAUGGAGGGGGGAGCCGGGGUGCGGAAGGACGAGGAGGAGGGAGAGGAAGUAGUACUGAAAGAAGACAGGAGUCCAAACUUCAAAGUGGAUCUCAGCAUCAGCAUCAACAAGCAGUCGUCGGAGGGUUCCACUCAGUGAUGUCACAGUUCCAAGGAGAGAAUGGUCUGUCUGGCUCUUCGUCAGGCUCUUCGGUGAGCUCUAGGGAACGUGUGCGAGGCACGGGGGUGAAAGACUGCCCCUAUUGCAGUAAAGCUUUCCGCUCUUCCCAUCACCUUAAAGUGCAUCUGAGAGUUCACACAGGGGAGAGACCGUAUAAAUGUCCCCACUGUGACUACGCUGGCACCCAGUCAGGCUCUCUAAAGUACCACCUCCAGAGGCACCACAGAGAACAGAGGAACACCAUGGGAGCCUCUUCAUCCACUGCCUCCUCCCCAGGCCUCACCACCGCCUCCCUGGGCAGAGGGGGAGCUCCACAGGGGGAGGGGAGGGAGGGGAUGACCAAGCAGCGCCGGCCCCAGAGCCUCAACCACAGCUCGGCCACCAGAGGCCCGGCGGAGACGCCUUCCUCCAGGCACAAUCAGCACCAGCCCUGGAUCCUGGGCCUCCCCGAGCAGAGAGACAGGGAACACGCGAAGGCCAUGGCGGGACUGAGAGAGGCAGAUCUGGAGAGCCAGUACCGGUAUCUGUCCGGGGUGAUGGGGGCUUUGUACCAGGGAGGGAUGGAGGGAGGGUGGACAGGGGAGUCACCAACCUCCACCCCCACCCCAACCCCACCAAAGGCGCCCAAAGUGUCCCGCCGCAAACCGCUCACCACCAGCCGUAUGGUGCCAGCUAAUGGGAGGGAGCGGAAGGGAGGGGGGUCAGCUCCUCGGGGUUCCCAGGAGGGAGGGUUGUUGUCCCAGCCCCUGGACCUCUCCCGCCGCCCCUCCCCUGGGCUCGGAGGUCUGGAGGAGGAUGGAGUACCAGGAGGAGGUGGAGGAGCAGGGGAUACCCUCAACCAGUGCCUGUUCUGUCCCUUCCGCACCUCCUCAGCCGAGCUCAUGGCCAUGCACCUCCAAGUCAACCACACCAGCAAGUCCAGGCGUAAGAGGAGGGCCCUCCAUCCCCAGCGCCCUGGGUGACCACAGGCCCCAGAGGCCUCCCCAACCCCGGGUCGACCCCAACCCCAACCCCCUGGCCCUGUGGAGGUAUCUGAGCGAGGCCGAAGACCGGGCCCCCCUGGAGGAGUGGGCCUCAUCCAGGAUGGAGAGGGAGAGGGGGUGGAGAACGGCCUCACACCAGAGGAAGGGGACCUCGAGGGUAGCUACGACCACCACCACCCCCAGGCUUCUAACCGGGCCUCCACCACAAUCAGGAACACACAGAGUGGCCUCGCCAGUAGUAGGAAGGAUGAGGAAGAGGAGGAAGAAGAGGAAGGGGAGGAAGAAGAAGAGGAGGAUUUGGAAGGGGAGAGCAGUAGUCCUGGGGAUUCUCCUAGAGAGCAUGGGAUGAGGAUGUCUCUCACCAUGUCACCUACCCUCGGCUCUGACCGUCUAACCAGAGGGGAGGAAGGAGUGAUGGGGGACUAAACAACAACAACAAUGUCAUCCUGCAGAGAGAAGGGAAAAAGCGGUUCAACUAGACAGGAAGGAAGUUGUUUGGGGGUCAUAGGUUGGAGGUCAAGUUCAUAUCACCUCUUUUACAUAGUUCAAGGUCAUUGUCAAGGUCACGACCCCUGACCCUUGACUUUCAAGGCCACGGACUGAGAACCAUGUCCAUGGAGAGGGUCAUGUAAACAACAGCUCACACACCUCCUUAGGAACCCCUUUUAAACAUCCUCCAUUUUUAUCUCUCUUCUUUUAAUAUUUACAUCCCGGGAGUUCAGUGCAGUCCUCUCAAUUUUCUCAACCAACCACAACCCCCCUUGUACAAACACACAGUACAGUGUAGGACUUUUGAGGCCUUCUCUUCUAUAUUUCAACAUUUCCUGUUUUCCAUUCCAUCUCCUACCAAGAGGGCUAAUUGUGAUGAUUUGAUCGAGAUUGUCCUCUUGCUGCUGUGAUUCUUAAUAUUAGUAUGUGAGCAAAAUGAAACUGUGACAUUCUACUAUUCCAGAGAACACAAAAAGGAUUUUAGCAGACCUUAUACUUCAUGUUUUGAGAAUAAUAAUACUUAUAAGUGUAACAUUGUUGAUUAGUUAUACAACCCACCGCUGUGAAUGGAGGAAAUCUUCAGCAGAAAAAGUGUCAAAAUAAGCCAAACUUCAUCACAACUGCCGUUUAAAUAAGAUACGACUUCUUGACACUUUCAAGGUCAUAUUAUGGUCUGUUCAAGAGCACCGAUUUCUGGAACCGCGGUUCAACCGGAACCAUUCAAGCCGUCAACUCAAGCUAAGCUAUCCAGCUGUCUGCAACAACAACAAAAAACACAACAGGAGCAACUUUUUAACAGACAACUAUUGACAUGACAAUGAUCAAGGACAAGAUGAUCCUGGACCCUGUUGUCACUGCCUCUCAUUGGUCGGAUGGCUGUUCCGAGGUCACCAUGGGAACAGAGGAGCAGUUUGUCAUUUCCUGUUUUCCCCUCAGUUUAGUGCCUGUCUAUGUAUGCUAUGUCGUCAAGGGAGAUCUACAGUAUAGACCAGUGUUUCUGGGCUCUUAUAGAACAAUGAUAUCUGAGUAUACAGUAUAAAGCUAAAGUAUAUAUGUUUAAAAAAUGGUUCUAGGGUAUUGUGAAUAGAAAGCUGUAGUGGUAUACAAAGUGGUGUGGAUCUGUCUCUCGUUACAAGAGACCGAUAGCAUCUCUCUGUGGCUUCUGUGAAAAGAAAAAGAUAAAGCACUUAGUUGAUGAUGAUGAAACAAUAGAUAUACAUAUGAAUCAACAGAGGUCAAGGUGAAAGGUCAAGAAGUGAAAAUGUAGGUGAAAGGUCAGAGGUCAGUGUUUACAGCAGAAAUGCCAGCGUGUUCAGUGUCUGACAUGGGAUAACGGUUAUUUCUUACAUUGUCGUGGUGACCAACUGACCACUGAACAAACAGAAGACUGUUUUGGGGGACACGGGACCGACAGACAGACAGAUGGACGGUGCAUCCCGAACACAGUCAGCUGACACGUCUGGUCAGGUGACCAAGGCUCCACGACCGUGUCACACUUUCAUUUCAUUCUUUUUACCAGAAAAAGAAAAAAAAAACAAGGGGGAGGAAAAAUGGAGGAGAGAAAAGAGUAAGUUCCCUCACAGAGCAGGGGACUGAAGCUGAGAAAGGAAACUGUUGUACUCUUGGGGUACGCCGUCUUUUAGAUGACUAGAUUCAUUUCUUUUUAAGAGAAGAAGAAGAACAAUAGAAAAGAGUAAGCAUUAAAAAAAACUAACAAAUCAAUAGAUACAUUCCGGUAGAAUGUGUGUGUAGCUUUUGUAAAGACAAGAAGAUAAGAAAAAAAAUAAGAACAAAAUCCCUUUGUUUAUUUUCAUUUCAAGAAGAGAAGCUUACAGAGAAGGUUAUGAAUAUAGGUAAUAAUAAUAAAUAUAAGGCUUGUUGUUGUGAGGAAAACACUAGUUGGAAUGUCUGUCUAUCAGGGUUGGGGUCAAUUCCAUUUCAAUUCCAGUCAAUUCAGAAAGUCAACCCAAUUCCAAUUCCAAAUUUUCCCCAUUGAAGAGAAUUGGAAUUUCAGUGUACUUCCUGAAUUGACUGGAAUUUAAAUGGAAUUGACCCCAACCCAGCUGUCUAUAAAGAGCACUGUGCAAGGUUUAUAAUUUCCCAAAGUAGUCAUUUUUAUUUUGACUUUAUCUAUAGACCAAACCUAUAUCUUAUGAAAAUAUGAUGAGUCACAUUCUGUUGGAGUAAAAAGCUGCCGUUUCCAUCCCCUCGCCCCGAUCAAUCAAUCAAUCAAUCAAUCAAUCAAUCAAUCAAUCAAUAAUCCAAUCAAAACUUUAUUCUCAUGUUAUUAUUAAGUGCUUGUAUGAGAUUCAAGUUUACAUCACAAAAUAUAAUUUGAUAUAAAAAUAUGAACCUAUACCUAGUAUCACAUACCAUAGCCAUGGUAUUGUCUUAGAGCAUCAUACCACACACAGUUCUGCACACAGUGAACAUGCAAAUAUCUGGGAAUACAUUUUUUUUAAAUCCCUACUUAUGAUUGUAAACAUCACUAAACUAUUUGAUUGGAUAAGUCCUGCCUUCUCGCCCUCUUUGCCCAUUGGUUGACGGCGAGAGCCUGGGAUUGGAACCGCAGCCUUACUUUUGGUUUAUGUGCAUUAUGUGUUUUACUUCUAUCCUCAUUAGAGCGCCUUAUAUGAGUUUAGAAGUUCCCUAAGUGGUGUUUCCUUAAAGACAGGCUACAUCCAUAACAGCACCCUAUUCCCUAUAUAGUCCGUUACUUUUGACCAGGACCAUUGAGCCCCGGUCAAAACUAGUGCUAUGCACCCUGGUCGAAAGUAGUGUACUAUUUAGGGAAUAGAGUGCCCAUUUGGAUGUAGACUGUAGUGUCAAAGCCACCGUGCCUUCUGUGUCAAGCACUUCCUGGAUUUGGUAUUUUGUAAGCUCACCAAAAGCACUUAGCCCACAUCUCUCUCUCUCUCUUUCUCUCUCUCUCUCAUCCUCUUUGUGACCUUCCAAUUUUGUUCUGUCCACUCCCUCCCCCCUUUCAAUCCCUUUAUCCUUUCAUGUCUGUGUGCAUGUCUCUCUCUCUUUUCUUCCUCUCUUCCGUAACCUGUUACUCUCUCUCUCUCUUCUCUACCUCCCUUCCGUAACCUCUCUUUCUUUUCGUCCUCGCCUCUGUAACCUGUCACUCUCUCUUCUCUACCUCCCUUCCGUGACCUCUUUCUUUUCUUCCACUCUUUCACAACCUGUCACUCUCUCUUCUUCCUCUCUUCUGUAACCUGUCACUCUCUCUCUCUGUGGCACCAUUAGAAGGUGAUGAUGUGUACUAUCUGGUAUUGAGGCCUUUUAUUCUUAGAUUCGUAUUGUCAGUUUGUGUGAUGUCCGUACGUUUGUUUGACAUUUGAUGCCUGAUGAGAUGGAGUAACAUGAUGAGAUGGAGUCUUCUUAUAAUUAUUAUUAUUAUUGCUUUGGCAUUAUUAUGGAGAAGAAAGAAAGAAAAAAAGAAAAACAUGUGUUGUUUAAUGUUGUACAGAACAUUAUAGCACUAGAGAUGUUGUGUUUUUAAAAAGAGAGCGUAAACCCAAGUGCUAGUCCCGCCCACUCCUCCCUCCCAUUGGCAGAUAGGACAAGUGCCCUGCCAACAAUAGGAGAAGUGACCUAAAGGUAACUGACUUGCCCUCAAACUGACAAACAUGUUCGAUCCAAUGAAUAUAAUCUACAUCGUACUCUUAAAUUGCCCACAGAAUAUAUCAUAUUUUUAUUUAAAUGCUUUAACCAGGCAAGUCAGUUAAGAACAAAUUCUUAUUUACAAUGACGGCCUACCCCAGCGACGCUGGGCCAAUUGUGCGCCGCCCUAUGGUACUCCCAAUCACGGCCAGUUGUAAUACAGCCUGGAAUCAAACCAAGGUCUGUAGUGACGCCUCUAGCACUGAGAUGCAGUGUCUUAGACCACUGCGCCAAUUUGGAGCACUAUAUAUAAUGUGAUAAUAUGAAUGUCCCAGACAGGCAACAGGCAAUCUUAAAUAUUUCCUCAAUUGCUUUUUGCACUGAAAAAUCUCCCUGAAACAUGCUUGAAAUCUUUUAAUUGGUGCCUAGCUACACUCACCGGACAGUUUAUUAGGCACACCUAUCUAGCACCCCCUUUUCCUCAAGAACAGCCUAAAUUCUUGUGUCAUUCUACAAGGUGUCGGAAACAUUCCACAGGAGAUUGGUCCAUGCUGACACGAUGGCAUCACGCAGUUGCUGCAGAUUGGACGGCGGUACAGCCUGUUCCUUCUCAUCCCAAAUAUGCUCUAUUGGGUUGAGGUCUGGGGACUGCGCAGGCCACUCAAGUACAACUCACUGUCAUGUUCCAGGCAAUGUUUUUCCACUCCUCAAUUGUCCAGAGUUGGUGAUCGCGUGAUCACUGGAGCCGCUUCUUCUUGUUUUUAGCUGAUAGGAGUGGAACCCGGUGUGGUCGUCUGCUGCAGUAGCCCAUCUGUGACAAGGAUCAACGAGUUGUGCAUUCUGAGAUGCUGUUCUGCACACCACUGUUGUAGUGCGUCGUUAUUUGUCUGUUUUUGGCCCACCUGUUAGUUUGCAUGAUUCUUGCCAUUUUCCUUCAACCUCUCAUCAACGAGCUGUUUUCACCCACAGGACUGCCGCUGGCUAGAUGUUUUUUAUCUGUAGCACCAUUCUCAGUAAACCCUGCACACCGUCAUGCUCGAGAAGCCCUGGACGGCAGCCGUUUCUGAGAUACUGGAUCUGGCACAGACGAUCAUACCAUGUUCAAAGUUGCUUAGGUCACUCGUUUUGCCCAUUCUAACGUUCAAUCGAACAGUAACUAAAUGCCUUGGUGCCUGUCUGCCUGCUUUAUACAACAAGCCAUAGGCAUGUGACUCACUGUCUGUAGGAGCGAUCCAUUUUCGUGAAUGUGGUGGUGUACCUAAUAAACUGUCCGUCCACAAUAGUGUAUAUUGUUGACCCUUAAUUUCGUAGUUGGUUUGUUCGAAGAAAAAAACGAUGGUGGUGUGUGAGGGCAUCUUAUAGCGAUGGGUUGUGUCCCAAAUGGCACCAUAUUCCCUAUUAAAUGCCCUGCUUUUGACCAUUGCCAUAGGGCUCUGGUCCAAAGCAGUGCACUAUAGGGUGCCAUUUGGUCCAAUACCACUGUCUGUUGGAGAGGUGGAGGGAAGUGCUGGGUUUGGGCUCUUGUGUAGAUGACUGCCAUUGCAGUGAGGGAAAAAUGUACCUAACAUAGUAGUAACUAAUAAUAUGAGUUUGUGGACAGAUUUAAAAAAAAAAAAAAAAAACAUUAGAGAUGAAUAAACGCAAAGAAAAACAAGG